UCUUACUUUCUUUUUCUUCUUGCAAAAAUUUUGGGCAUAUUUGAUGUUUCUUCUUACCAUGGAUGAAAUGUUCUUUUAUCAUCGUUUUUGUUUAUGUGGUAUCUUUCAAAUGAUUCCCAUGUUUUUUUUUCCUUUCAAUUUUUUGGUUGUUAUUAGGCUAUGUCCUGAUGAAAUUUAAGGAGAUCUUAAAUGGGUUAUCUUAUCUGCUUCUUGUCAUCCAAGGCUAGUCUAGUAGUUGCCCAAAAGAUAAGAUAUUUCUCUAAUUAUCGUUUCGUAGCUACUACACGAAUAAUUAUAGAUGGAAGUGUUUUGAUUUGAGAUUUCAAUAAGCUGUAAAUUGCAAUACUUGUCGGCUGCCUGAGAAAGGAUGCCAAACCAGCUAUGGUUUGCACUGCAGAUGAUUUAUCAGCAUGGAAGGAUUUUCCAAAGGGUCUCAAGGUCCUUCUACUCGAUGAGGACAGCGAUUCAGCUGCUGAGUUAAAAUCAAAGCUUGAAGCAAUGGACUAUAUUGUUUAUACCUUCUGCAACGAGAAUGAAGCUCUUUCGGCAGUUUCAAGUAGACCUGAAAGUUUCCAUGUAGCCAUUGUAGAGGUUAGUAGUACAAACAAUAACAAUGGGUGUUUCAAGUUUCUUGAAACCGCAAAGGACUUGCCCACCAUUAUGACUUCAAAUAUUCAUUGCAUCGGCACCAUGAUGAAGUGCAUAGCGCUUGGCGCAGUUGAGUUUCUUAGAAAACCUCUGUCUGAGGAGAAACUACGGAAUAUAUGGCAACAUGUGGUUCAUAAGGCAUUCAAUUCUGCGGGCAGAGACCUUUCUGAAUCACUAAAGCCUGUUAAAGAAUCCUUGGUUUCAAUGCUGCAUUUACUAUUAGAAAAUGGAGAACCUAAGAAUGACUACUCAAAUAAAGCCGAAGAUGCAUCUGUGAUUCAUGAAAAUGACCCUGAACCAUCAACAGCAAGUGAUAUGUACUCGGCUCCUUCAACACCACAACUAGAGCAGGGAGGAAGGUUGUUACCCGGGGGUGAUUGCCAAGAUCAUACUAACUGCUUGAUUGAAAAAGAGAGCUGCGAGCAGGAUAGAGAAUCCAAAUCUGUUGAAACUACCAGUGACAAUUCAAUUGCUGAAGUAACUGCACCAGUUGGGUCACCCCGGGGACCCCGGGGACCAAGGGGGACAAAUGUAAAAGUGGAGGCUGACUUAGUUGAUGGUAUCAAGUGCGAGAGCACCUUGUGCUCUCAAACAAAAAACGGAGUAAAUAACAAAGAUUCUAAUGCUGUUGCUGAAAACGCCAAUACUGUUUCUGGUAUUCCUAGUUCUUGUCCGAACAAAGCUAAUCGGAAAAAAUCGAAGGUAGAUUGGACUCCAGAACUCCACAAAAAAUUUGUACAGGCAGUGGACCAACUAGGUAUAGAUCAAGCCAUCCCUUCUCGAAUACUAGAGCUAAUGAAAGUAAAAGGCUUGACACGGCAUAAUGUUGCUAGUCAUCUCCAGAAAUAUAGAAUGCAUAGAAGGCACAUUUUGCCAAAGGGGGAUGAUCGAAGGUGGCCGCAGAGAGAUCACAUGCAAAGGAGUUGUUAUCCACAUAAACCAAUCAUGGCCUUCCCACCAUAUUACUCGAGUCAUGUUGCCUCGAUAGGUCCACCCUAUCCCAUGUGGGGACCACCUCCUCAUCCAUCUAGCAUCCAGAUGUGGGGCUCACAUAGUUACCCCCCUUGGCAAUCAGUUGAAAGUAGGCAUUGGAAUCCAUAUCUAGGGGUGCAUGUUGAUGCAUGGGGUUGCCCUGUUAUGCCCCCACCUCUUAGAUAUUGUUAUACUUUCACUCAAGCGGACGAAGUAGUUGACAAGGUUGUGAAGGAAGCAAUAAACAAGCCAUGGUUACCUUUGCCUUUAGGUCUCAAGCCUCCUUCCACCGACAGUGUGCUAGCUGAGCUCUCUAGACAAGGCAUCUCAACCGUCCCUCCAUACAUCAAUGGGCGUAAUCUAUUCUGACGUGGCACUGUGUUACUGGUUCGUUCGGACCACCUUUUUUGUUGCACUGAACUUUUUCAAGCUCCCAUAAUUCAGUCAUGGAAGUAGGAAAAAGAAAAGAAAAGAAAAAUAAUAAUAAAACAUUUGCAGAUAUGUCUGGUGGAGUGCAAUGUGUAUUAUCACUACAUUUAACAUUUGUUGAUAAUCUAAUUCAUCUAUCAUCACAA